UUCUAAUCAACUCGGAACUCGUUAAACACCUAAGCAUAAAUUAUCGAGGCCUAUUGAGCAAGCUCAUGUGGAACAAGACCGCUCAUGGAAGCUCGCGUCUCGUCACAAGCUAAUCCAAGGAAACCUCCUACUAAAAAAUUCUCGCUUGAAUCAUUGCGUCCUGGCCAUUCUCAUCGGUCAUCGUCCGAGUCAGCGCUUUCCGCAUCUGCAGAGCAAAAAAACAGCAGAAGUCAUUCAAAAUUCGCACCGCUGAAGGAGGUGCGGGAGAGAGCUUUCAAGAAGCUGCCAGAGGGAAAUCCCAGCUUGUUCUCGGUAGAGGGAUCUACAUCUUCCGGUUCUCUCGCCUAUGAAGAGUCUUCGAGGAAUCAUACAACUCAAGCGUCGAGUUCAUCCAGGAUAGAUGAGAGGCUCUCCAAGAAAGGUGACCCAGACAGUACCCCACCUAUACCUACAUCCUCCUCUAUUGGGUGGAAUAGCAUCCGCCAACAUGUCCUUCCUGUCAAUAAUUCCUCGAUGGACGAUUUCCAGCACAGUCACCAACAUUCACCGUCGUCUUCGUCUUGGAACCUUGCUCUCCCCCGGAGCCAGACUCCAAAGCCUUCCAGACUUGUGCAAAGACUUGGAUUUCGUCACGUUGUCGACCAAGCAAGAGAGGUAGCUGAAGAUGACACUCGUAAAUUUGAGAUGGAGCUCAGGAGGGCCUGUUGGAUCGUGCGCGGUCUCCCGGACUUUCCAACAUUAGCUAAACCAACAACUCAUGGAACGAUGGGUUCAACUGUCCAUCUCCCGUUCAUGCCAAAUCCAACAUUGUCGGCCAACACCAACGCCAGUAAUACGGCUCCUAUCUCACAAGCGACGAAGAAGAGCGAUUACCGACGACCACAGUCUGUUCACCAGUUAGUCGAAAAAGGAAAUCUUGUAGGGUCAAUAGCUUCGCUACAUCAGGUUUUGUCGUUCUACGUGGGCUUGGCGAAUGGUGGUGGCUCCCAUACGGUUCUGAGAUUUCCGAGCGAGAACCUUGUGCUCUCGACGUUGUGCUACCCUUUUCUCAUCCACGGGAAGCCAGGUAUGGAGGAGGAAAAAGCCCUUGCUCUUCAAGCGUUCGAUCUGAUAUUGCGAACAUGGAAUCCGGUGGAUGAGGUUGUAGCUGCCGAACGCGCUCUAUUUUGUAUCAAAGUCGUUCUGAUGCUCUGUCCACCCGUGAGCUCGGAGCCACCCGGCCCACCUCAAACACGCUUCCGAAUGCAUGCAUUGAACGCUUUGUAUAAUAUGACCGUCCCACAGGACUCCUUUUAUCCCGCGCACAAUCCACGCAUAUUCAUGACCCUCAUGCAUGGUUUAUUCAUGCUGUUACCCGCUGUGCAACGUUGUGAAGCGCUCCAGACACAGGGCCUUCAUGAGUCUCUUUAUAUGCCGCCUGAAUCCCAAAUUCCGGAGGAAAAGAAACUCAUCGAAAUUAUAGAGCAGGUCAAAACCGGAAGCUGCGGGAAGCUGGAUCGUCUUUCUGUCGAAGAAGAAUACAGCACACUUUGCUUGGCGAAAGACAGUGACAGGACUCUUAGAGACGCUAUUGCACUAGAGGCGUGGGCCAAAUGCGUGGAAUUCGGGAGCAAUGAACUGAAGCGCGCCUUGAUUAGACAUGGAGUAGAGAAUUACUGGACCAGAACGGAACGACAUGAAUACUCCCCACUAACAGUAACGAUCAAAUGUCGAGUACUGGGGAGCUUGACUCGCGCAAUCAUUUCCUUGCUGUUCACGACAAAUCCGUUGAUCCUAUCUUCAUCAUCCUCCGGCCCGCCUAUUGAUCUCCUAGUUGAUGACCAAGCCCGGGAACUCAGAGAAGUCGAUGGCACUUUGGUGAUUUGGACCUUGCAGACUAGGGUAUUGCCCGAGCUUGACGAUUUACAAGAAACCGCAUCUGGUGGCACAGUCAUAGAAGCAAUAAGGAAGGACAUAGUCAAGGUAGUCCUGGAGCUACUAAUGUCCAGAACGACAAGUGAUCGCAGUUUAGGAGGUGAAGAAGGAAGAUUUUCUACUGGGGAUGGAAUAGGUCAACUCGUUAGCUGGUCGAUAUCUAUGAUCGGUGGGUGGUGUCGUGAGAAUAACAGGUUGCAUUGGAAAACGACCUUUCAGCAAGUUCUACGUGCUGUCUAUCAGGAGGAUCAAUGGCGAAAAAUUCUUCGGAUUACUCGUGCCAUCAUCGAAGUAUUGCCAGACGAAAUAAGAAAGCUUGUCUUGACGAUUAUGCUUCCCGUUUUCCAAGAUCGACUUGUCAACAGUCCCCUCCCGCUGUUAUCAUCCGACAAAUCAGAAUCCUCGAUGGUGACGAACAUACUGGGAAAGGAGCUUACGUCGUUGAUAGACGCUAUAUCCCGCAUGCACCCACAGAUUUUCUACAAACCUCUCUUUACGCUCGCAGCCUCGUCUAAGGAGUUUGCAGUAGCCAAUCAUCUCUGUUCGAUCGUAGCUCUCGCAAGAUGGCUACCUGAUUUCUGGGUCAGAGAUGCAGAAAUGAUAGCUGUUGCCGUUAUGAGUGAGGUCAGCGGUGGAGCGAAAAGUAGAAUGCAGUCUGCUUCUGCGCUUGACCCGACUAGGCAAGAAUACGGAGUAGCGAGUCUAGGUCAAAGUGUCAUCCUUGUGGAGGUCAUUGGACAAUUCCAGAAGGCGAGAAAAGCAAGAGAUGUGCCAUCUCAUUCCACCUCAAGCAUGCCGGACAAUGAAAUCGUCGAGAUCGCCAAAUUCGCUUUCGCUUUGGAAGCCCGAUUGGCCUUGUUGAUUGAAGCAAAGGAAAAGACAACAUUGGUUCCGUUCUCACAACGCCUACUCUUCAUGAUGCUGUUCAGGGAAAUCCGGCUGCUCACGAAGUCGCUCAAAAGUAUCAAGUGGCUUCCACGCCUCAUAUCGUGGUUUGUCAACUAUCACGACCGUCGUGACGAAUUGGAGGAUGAAAUGUCAAAUGAAAUUGCUCUGAUCCAGGAGGUUUAUGAUAUCGUCAAGGAAGUUGGCCGGCCUCCCAACCAGAAGCACCGAAGCACGAUGAUUCUUUCACCGCCGCUUGAGAGAACUCCCAACACGCCUGCUCCUGUUGAGCAAGGUACUGGUAUCAGCUCAGCUUUCGACGAGAAGUCCGACUUGUUGAAGGGAAUCGGCAAGGGCUUUGCAAAGAGAGCCCUCAAGUUGAUGGUGGCACUAUCAACGAUGAUUACCGUGGAGGAUUCUGCGAGGAUCGGGACCUUGUUAUGGGAGCAUCACAUAGAGGAGAACGAUCCCUCGGUGUUAUCAUCUGCCUGCUUCCUAAUGAACAUAUGUGCAGAGAAAACUUCCCUAGAUCUGUUGGCCAACAUUGAAGUCGAUCUACAAAGCCUGCACGAGAAUAAGAGGCUACAAGCAAUCAAAAAAUUCAGCACCCUCAUAAGCUGGCGUUUCCAGAUAUUGACACAGCCUCUGGUCACUGACCGCGCACAUCGUCCUUUCAAAAUGCCGAGAACACCCUUACAAUUUGUCGCGACAGACAUAGGUUCCAGUCUUUUUGUCCUCGAAAUCGAUCCCAACGAGGUCAAGGACAAGCAGAUUCCGUUGGAAUUGAGGAAGCAGCUUGCGGAGAUAGGCUGGGAGAGUGACGAUUCUCCCGUCAACCAGCAAUUGGAAUGGAUUCGUACACCGAUGUCAAAUCUCCCUCCUCUCCAAAUCGAUAAGGUAGAGGGGAAUAUCGCAGCCGACAACCCUUUGACACCAAGCCUCAGUCCACGCUCAUCACCCAGGUCACCCGAGCUCGAGAAAAUAGAGGAAAUCUCGCUGUUACGACGUAAUUCAAGUUCUGGCGGUCCUUUGGCCGGACUAAAACGUCGGGCUAUAUUUGUCCCAACACUGGGCCAUUUACUCCCUCGUAUAGCGGCUAUGAUGUUUGACUCAAGUGUGGCGGUCGCAUGUACUGCUCGAAAUCUUCUGGUUGAUUUGAUGAGAAAUGAUCCUGGGCUGCUUACACGUCCUGUCUGGGAUCUCUUCUCGGGGGAUGAACAUGAUUUUACGGAGGCAAUAACGACUUUAUCUGCCUUCCUUCAUGUUCGUCAUGUUCUACCUCCUGCGAUGGCCCAUACGAUGUUUAAUCAUCUUGCUGGGCUUCUCAAGUACGCCUCCAAACAAAUUGAUACCGAGGAAUCGUUGCGCAAAUAUGCGCAUGCUGUGCCUUUAUUAGGAAAACUCGCUAAUCAAGUCAGUAACAUGUCUAUUCGCGAAAUGCGCAGAGCCAAGCUGGAGAUUCUUUUUGUACCUUCUGGGUCUUUAUGGUUCCCGUCCUCCGCUCCCAUUGGACCAAUGUUCCCACGCGGACCUGGAUUUGACAACCCAUUCGAACACGAGGUGUCUCCGCGACUCGUUUCCAUCACCAUGAUCCGAAUAUCUCAGAAUAUGCUCUUUCUUGCUAUGCUGAAACGCAAUCCGGCAGAGGUUCAGGUGCUUAGAAAGAAUAUGGUCAGGUUGGUAUUGCCUUCGAUGGAUGCGGGUGUAGAGGCACCACCUCUGGAGCUGAAGGAUUUUGCUCCACUGAACUUGUCCGUUGUAUCCGAUCAAUCUGACCUUGUUCGUGCCAAGAUACGAGGUCUAUCGCAGAUUCUCUCUUGCACGUAUCUUCUACUCGUCGCACAAGUUUUUCGGUGCAUGUCUCGACAUCUUAACGACCGGAACGAGCUUGCCGUGCUGGUAGACGGUAUAAACCGUAUCUUGUUGGAACAUGGAAGCGAUAUAGGAAUAGUUAGUCACGCAUUAAUCGCAUUAAUGGUCGCCAGUACACGAUUUAAACGUUUAUUUGCGUCUGGCGGUGGCUACCUUCUCUUCAUGCCAGCUAUCCUGAAAGUGUAUGUCGAAGGCGAAACCCACCACGGCAUCAGGCAUGCUAUUGAAUAUGCCGUCAAUCGAUUCUAUGCUCACCAUGAAGAGACCUUCGUUUUCCAAAGCCUCAGCGCUGUUUCCCAAAUGUUUAUCCUUCCUGGGAUUGACGGGGAGUGGAUAGGGAAGCAUGUGUAUUCCCUCUUCGCAUCGCUGCACAGAAGUGUACCCUCGAGUGCACUAGACGAAGCAGGAAUACACGGUGCCAAUAAGUCCCAAGAACGCGAAGCAUUAAUCAUUAACACUGCAGAAGAGAAACCCCAAACAUUCUUUGCCGCCUUGCGAGCGAAGGAAGGGCAGAACGAGAAAGUCCUCUUAUCGUCGGAGUUUCCACAAGAGUUCGAAGUUAAACGGUUAGAUGCCGACGAUCUAGUCCGUUUAUUCCUCACGGUUGUCGCGCACGAUCUGUCAGUUGCCAGAGCGGAACAGUUCCUGAGAACCUUGCGAUUCCUUGCCCCGCAUUUCUAUGAAGCGAAUCUGUCGGCGCGGAAUGUAUUGCAAGAAGGCAUUGAGGCUCUCGGUGUGAUCCUGUUCAGGACGCUCAAACCGAAGACCUUUGAUCCCACCGCCAGUCAAGUGAACGAGAGUGUCGGAGGUCAGACUGUUGGUCCCAACUACAACUACGAACAGUUAGCAGAAAAGACAAGAGAGCCUAGUGAUACCACAUCAAUGCGGAUCGACUACUUUCAAUUGGUCGUAACAUUUACUCGUGCUGGGGGGAAACUCACAAACUCGAGUACUCGAAUGACCUUCGAAGCAGUGAAAAGCAUCUUACGAGAAGCACCUGUUACCGCCAACAUUUCAGUUUUGUUAGGAGAUUACAUCCGAACGUCUCUGAUUGCUCCAAAGGGAAGAAAGCUGAAAGCCGUUGUCCAUUUUUUGACGGACCUUGUACCGAUAAUCAGCACAUAUGCAGCCACUCUCGAUCUUUCUGCAGUGUUCGUCCCUAUCGCGGAGCUCACAGAAGAUUCGACCUACGCCAGUGACCCUACCUUUUGUCAGCUUGUUGUAGAGCAAAUUUGCGAGGCUGGUCUGACGGCGUGUGAACAAGUUUCCGCCGACAAGCAACUGCAAAGUGUACCAUGGCGCCCUGCUUUUAUUCGUUUGAUAGCUUGUACCCUGUCACUCGCGAACGCCGACAUCAUAGGUCAACUCGGAAAACAUAAACCGACAUACGAGAUGUUGAUGUACAUCGUGCUGCCGCUCUCCCUAUCGAUGAAGUCUAAAGCAGACCUGGAUAUGAGUGGGACACGCAUCGACCCGAUGUUUCGCAAUACGCAAAUGCGCGCUUGGAUGAGAUUAUUUUCAUUCACAGUAGGAUGUUGCGAAAAAAGUCAGACAUCUGACGUAGGUCCAUUAGGACCAAGGCUUGCACGGUCACGAUCCAGGGAUAGCAGAACAUCCGAUGGUUCUCAAAAGACCCAGCUACCUUUAUUAUUGAUGGCACUGCAAGUCAUAAAGGUUCUGAUCGUCAGGGGCGGAAGAGAUCUGAACACCUGCCUUCCGGAAGUUUGGACGAGGCUCAGUAUCUUGCUGAGAUCUCUCCUUGCCGAGGGAGAUGCAGAGUUUGCACUGAAGAAAGAAGCCUCUCCAACUCCAUCACCAAUUCCUUCCCGUAGAGCAAGCGGACAACUCGACUUCAACAGGUCUACUGAUAUCUUUGCAACACGACCACUUUCUCUGGGCGAAACAUCGUACCGGAGUCCCAGAUUCGUGGACUAUUGUUUGUGGUCUAUGGGGGAAUUAAUCUGCGUGUAUCAAACACCAUUAUUCUUGCAAAUGCGGUCGUUCAUGCACGAGAAAAUUCACGCGCUCGAAAUGGAGGCACGUCAGGAAGGAAAAUUUCACUCAGGGCAGCAACGGCCGUCUUCAGUUUUCUCCAAACCUCGAAUGCGACACUCUAAUCCCUCUUCUCCGGAUACUUCACCAUUACUAUGCGCAGUCAAUACCUCCGCGUCUGCGGAUAUCUCCUUUAACUCAUUACGGCCAGACUCUCUCGGAAUUGGGUAUCGGCCAACGCCUCCUGCACUAAUAUCAAGUUCUUCCGCCCGAGGCUCUCCUGUGAUAUCUUCCAACCAGGGCAGGAGCUCUACAGGUCCCCGGAUCGUUCACCUCGGUUUGGUAUCCCCGAGUCAACACAGAUCAAUUUCGCCUGGAGGCGGUAGGGGGCAAAUUAUGAUGAGAGUUGCAAUGGGUGAUUCAACAAGGGUCAGAUCAUUGACAUUGAUAAAGCAGACAUACGCGAGAUUGCGAGUCGUACAGAGUCGCUUGGGCUAUCAACCGUUAUCAUGGGACUCUGGUCUCGAUUCCAGCUCUCGGGGGACAACAGAGCUUUGGACCAAAGCAAAGGCAUUGAAGGAGAUCGUAAAGGAAACACAAGAGUUGAUGGAAGAAUUCGAGGAGGGUGCAAGUGGAAUCAACACCAUCGAUAGCGACGGUGAAUUCGUUAACGGCUAUGAUUUUCUAGAAUACUCUUCAACCACAUAAUGGAAACAGUCCUUACAACUGCCU